AUGUCUUCCCUAUACACGGCCCACCUCCAGCAACACGACGAGCACCUUCGAGACUACUGCCAAGGGAAGAUGCAUAACCAGGCCGAAUAUGAUUCGCCAAGUGACUACUGCCGGCCUUAUUCCCAAUCCCCGAGUUCUCCUAGCAGCAUGGCGAGUCCCCAUCUUGGCCCUGACCAGUUCGGCACCGAGGCAACCGGAACCCAAGAACUCUUUGGGGUGCUAUCACCGGGGCCGGCAGAUGGCUAUAGCAAUACGCACUACUUCCCCUUGCAGCGAUCUCUUGAACACCCCGACGACUCCGGCCAUAUACCAGAAAACCAAUUCGCGGACCUUGCUCAAGCUUACCAUUUCCGUCUGGGGAGUCCUCUCCCAAUGCCAAGUUUGGUGUUGGAAACCCCGGGGGCAGCCACUUUACCCAUGGAGAAGGCUAUUCCUUGCCCUCUCGCAGUCUCCACACCGGUCCGGAAACUGGCCACGAUGGUUUCAGCGAUGCUGGGGACAUCCCCGCCAGCGGAUACCAGCCUGAAUACAUGGACGUGGACAGGGCCUCUCCGAGCGGCCCGCAGGAGCAGCAUUGACGUCGUCGACAUCCAGGCCCGAUACUGGGCGGAAGCGUGGCCGCCAAACCUCCAAGCUUCCGGCAAGUGCCGCAAGAACGAGUGGAAACGGCACGUGCUUUCCCAGCACCUCAUCCUUGACUAUUGGCUCUGCACCGAUCCCGCAUGCGUGAGGAGCCGCCCCGAUACUAAGGGCACCAUAUUCAACAGAAAGGACCUUUACACCCAGCAUGUUCGACGAAUGCACGUGCCAGAACACUUCAAGGACUCGGUCAAUAGCAAGUCCCCCGAUCCCGCGUGGGAAGCCAGGCUCCGAGAGAUGCAGAUGGGGGCCCGGCAAACCCGAUGCCCUCUGCCCGAAUACAUGCAGUGUCCCGCAGAGAACUGCCACGCCGAGUUUAAGGGUACCAGCGCUUGGGAUGAUCGCAUGGAACAUGUGGCGAGGCAUCUCGACAAGCCGCAUGAACCUCGGGUCGUCUUUGGUGGCACCCAAGAUGACACCCUCACUAACUGGGCGGCUAGCCCCAAGGUCAACAUCGUCCGUCAAGUAGGGCCAGCUAAGUGGGAACUGGUAGUCCCCCUCAAGACCACCGCGAAGGAGCUUGUGGCGGCGAGGAAGGGAAAUUCUAGCAUGCGGUCCCACGACUCUGAUAAGGACGCAGAAUGCGAUUCCGAAUAG